AAAGUAUACUGGAAUUCCUUUUCUCAAAGGCAAGACAAAUUUCUUUCAUCUGUGGUAACUAUACUUGUUAUUUGAAAAUUGGUGGCAAACUUUUGAUUGAAACAUUAGUUAAUAAUUACUUGAGGAAAGACACAAAGGACAACUUUUCAAAUGAAUCAAUGUGAAAUGCUCCCAAAGAAGCAAAAAGAAAUUGCUUGAUCAAGCCUAAUGAAAGCCCCAUUACACAUCCAAGGUAUAAACACUUAAAUUAUAUAUACAUAUAUAUAAGUCUCUUAAGUCCUACCAUUGCAACAUGCAAUAUUGCAUUCAGGUAGAAUACCAUAAAAACACCACCAUCUUCCCUCUUGUGUAAUCACAUUAUUAAUUAUUAUGCCACAAAGAAGUAAGUCAUUUCGUUUUAGGGUUCCAUGGUUAUCAGUGCCAUCUGAAUCAUCCUCUCGUCGCACAAAAGAUAGACCAAAAUCUCCUCCUCACUCAGACACAAGUGUACCUAUUCAAAGACCAUUUAAGCCUUCUAUGGUAGCCCCUUCAGAGUUAUCUCCUCCUAGUCCUACCAAAAUUGGAGAAGCCUUAAACGAUGAACCUAAAAAAUAUCCAAAACAGACACCACCAUCUUCAUUGAUCAUUGAGUCUCCAGUUUCUACUCGGCCAAAACCCCCUUCUCCACAGACUCCACUUCAACCUUCACCUCAUGCAAAUUCUCCACCUCAAGUUCAAGUUGCAUCCUCACCCCUCAAAACUCAUUUGACUUCUGAUAAUGGAGCCAUGAAAGUGUCAAAGCCUGUUGCUGAAAAAAUCACUCCUGAAUCAUCUCCCUUUGAACAAGAAAAGGAAAAGAUGGUAUUGUCUGAACCACAACCAAAAGAAGCUGAGCCAAAGGUAAAAUCACCAUUGACAACAAUCACCAAGUCAGCAGAAACCUCUUUUCAACCUGAGAGGAAGUCAACACAACCAGCAGACUCUGAACAACAAGUAUCUUCUAUGCCCACUUCAUCCCCAGUUUCAAAAACUGAACCAACCACAACCACUCACCCAUUAUCUCCUUUGGCCUCAAAGGACAUCAAAACUGAAGAAACCACUCAACCAUCAUCUCCUUUGGCCUUAAAGGAAAUCAAAACUGAAGAAACUGCUCCUCAAGAAGAAAAAGAAAAGAUGGAAGUGCUAACUCCACAAGAAGAAAAACCAAAGAUAAAGUCACCUUUGAAAACCAUCCCCAAGUCACUAGAGACCUCUUCUCAACCUGAGAAUCUAUCCACACCACCUACAAAAAUUGAGCAAAGAUCAACAACCCUAAAGGCCCCUUUGGAAACACAAAGCAAGUUCCUUCAACCUGAAGAAAAGGAGAAAGUGGUGCAUGAAACCACCAAGGCACGAGGAAAAGGCAAAGACACAACCACCACAGCAUCUGCUUCCGGAAUAGCAACAACAAAGGCUAGAGAUUCAUCUGCCAAGGCAUUUCGUGGUAAUAAGAAGCAUCAUGGAGUGCGGGAAACUGUUGAGAGAAAAAUAAUGUUUGCCACAACCAACCCCAUUGGGAAAGACACAAAAGUUAUGAGCUCAACACAUGAAGGGACAAAGAAUACGUCAAGCUCAAGCAUAUCACCCGAAAAAACUACUUCCUUUAGUGGGGCAGAGGCUCCUCCUCUACAAAAGGGCAUCAAAGAUGAUAUCACAAAGUUUGUUCAUAAACUAACAACCUCAGUGCACCCUACACAAGCCAUGGAUGAGAAACAAUUUAGUGUCAUAACCUUGGCUGGUGACAAUAGAGGAGCCACAAUGCACUUAGGUUCUGAGACAGUUAAUAAAGAGGGUUCAAUCCACAUACAUAGAGCCUACAAGAGUGAUCAUGAAGAGGCCAAUGAGGUGACCACUGAUGGAGACGAAAACACUAAUGAAGAAGAAGAUGAAGAGGUGGGGAUGGCAUAUGUCAACAGCAACAUACAAAGUAUCAAUAACUCACUCAUGUUUAAUGGUUCAAUCAAUGAAAGAGACCCUGGUGUUCAAGUUACUCUUCCACAAAAGCCCACUGAGCCCAUUAGGCCUGAUGAUGAACCCAAGCCUAGCUUGGACACUCAGAAGACUCAGUUUAAUAUCAACCGGGCUAAGUCAUCAUACCAGCCCACGGUUGGAAGAAGCAUCAGAGGUUGCAGGUUCAGUUGUGACCAGGAUAUUGAAGACAUUGAGAUUCUGUGAAGGAAAAAGCACAGAACUUCCCUUCUAAAAUCCAAAAUAACUUGUGUAGUCACAGUAACAAAAUAAGUGUUAUUAAUAACAUCCACAUAGUGUAAUUGGUCAUGGCAUUUUAAUUUUUUUUAUUAUUUUUA